AUGCUUUCGGCCCCCUCUUUGCGCUCCCCGGAGCCCUGUGCUGCUUUCUGCACAGGGAGCAGGCUGCCUGGUGCACGGAGGAGCAGUAAGGGGUCCCCUCCUAGAGGGGUGUUGCCUGUACCUUCCAGGACUCGUGCUCCAACGCGGGAAAGGAGCCCCCAGUCCCCGCCCCCCUGACAGUCCCGAGCUGGUUUGGCGCGAGCUUGCAGACUCCUGUCGACCUUCCGAGUCCAGCGCACGCUGCCCGCAUCGCACCCGGGCUACCCGUUAUGACUAGCCGUUACAAGAACCGCGCGCGCCCUGCAGCUGGUAGCAUGGAUCCCUUCGGCAUGCAACAAGCAGACCUUUCAGGAAAGAAGAACUUCAUAGCAUUCCGAAAUAUGAAAUUGAUCCCCAUGGAAACGUCGUCAUCUGAUGACAGUUGUGACAGUUUUGGUUCUGAUAAUUUUGCAAACACCAAAUUGGAGUCAGACUCUAAGGAAAAUGACUUACGUGCUAAGGAGAAAUUGCAAUAUAGGAGACAUGAGAGACGCUCGAUUCCUCUGAAAGUGGCUAUGAAGUUUCCAACUCGAAGGUCUAAAAGGGGGAAGAGUGAAAUAGCAUCACCCCCUGAAAUACAACCAUCUGCUUUGGAUUCUGACUCUGAAGAAAAGGGCCCCAAAUUCUUAGAGAAAAGAGCUUUAAACAUAAAGGAAAACAAAGCAAUGCUUGCAAAACUAAUGGCUGAAUUAAAAAAUGUCCCUGGUAUUUUCACUGGCAGAAGAUCAUUGUCAACUACCAGCCCACGACCAAAACGGGCUCCAAGAAGCUCGUUUCCCCAAAAUGCUUUAAGGAGGAACCCAGACCGAAUUUCUCGACCUCACACAAGAUCUAGGUCCCUGAUUGAUGGGCCAACUACUCCUUUACAAGAGGAGGAAGAUGAUGACAGGUACAGCUUAGUGAGGAGAAGAAAGCUAUCUGAUGAAUACUCAGAGCAAGAGAUUCGAACUCCCAGGAGAAGUCGGCCUGGUGCUAUGGCUCUUCCUCACAUAGUGCGUCCAGUGGAAGAAAUAACAGAGGAAGAGUUGGAUAAUAUUUGUGAAACUGCCCGAGAUAAAGUAUAUAACCAAGUGAUGGGAUCAACUUGUCAUCAGUGUCGCCAAAAAACUAUAGACACAAAGACAAACUGUCGUAACCCAGACUGUGUAGGUGUGCGAGGUCAGUUCUGUGGCCCUUGUCUUCGCAAUCGGUAUGGGGAAGAUGUCAGGACUGCAUUGCUGGAUCCAAACUGGCGCUGCCCACCUUGUCGUGGAAUCUGCAAUUGUAGCUUCUGCAGACAGCGGGAUGGCCGGUGUGCUACUGGUGUGCUGGUUUAUUUGGCCAAGUAUCAUGGCUAUAACAAUGUUCAUGCUUACUUAAACAGUCUGAAACGUGAACUUGAAAUGGAAGAUUGAGGUUGUGAUGGGUUGUCAGUGGCACCUUUCUAUAGUCAUGUGCUCUUUCAUCCAUGUCAGACUUCGUGUGCAGUUAAUUGUUCAAACAUCUGAGGAUUUUAAUCCCAGGGUGAUCAACGUUUUCUUUUUUUCAAGUAAAAAGGGACACAGAUUUUUUCAAGAUAAUCAAAAGCUUUUCGGCAAAUCAUGUAGAGUCCUUAAAUAUUGUUGGAUAGGCUUUUUCUUUCCCCUUUCUGUUCUUACACAGUCUGGCUAGCAUCCACAUUUUUUCCCCCUUCCUCCCUGGAUCAGGAAGUGAGACUUGACUUGGCUUUAAACUGAUAGCGUCUUAUUCACACAGUUGCCCUUGCUGCAGUUUUUAUCCACAGUUAACAGUUAUUGAAAAUGUUAAAUGCAUUUAAAAUAUUAAUAGCUGUGUUUCUCAUGGACCUAAAUGGAAAUGUACAUGUUAAUCCUUGGCCUGGUGAAACUGGUUAACUUCUGUCUCAUUAAAAUUUAAGAUUAUUUCAGGAAGAGUAACAGUAGCAAAUGGAAGCUGAAACCUUUUAGGUGCAGUGAUAGAUCUGCUUUAAAAUUAGCAACUCCAAAAUCUUCACAAAGUCCCUGAAGUUUAAAGAGGAAAAACUUACUUGAGAUUGUUUUGAAAACUUAUUUACAAUUCGUAGAUUUCCAGCAUUUGGUUUUAUAGAGUGCUCAGAAGUGCAAAACAGUGGGGGCAAAAAUGCUUCAUAAAUAAGGAAUUAAUAUAAACGUUUAAAGUUUCCAGAGUGACAAAAUGGGUAAAAAUACAACUGAAAGACUACUUCUGAGUAGUCAAAAAUCUUGAUGGGCUCUGUUGAUAUCUUCCUUUGUGAUGUGAGCAUGGAACACUGUUGAAACCUUCUAGGGCAGCCACACUUUUCCUCACUGAACUAGUACUGGUGCAGCUCCACUGAUAAUAGCAAUGAUGGCAAUGCUAAUGUGAGUUGACAACAGUAAUGGAAAAUGACUGCACCCUGUUUAUAUUAGUGUUUCCACUAUUGCUGUCAAUAGUGAUGCUGCAUCAGUGCAAAGUCAGGAGUGAGACAGUACUAGUAUGUAAGUGCAAAACCUCAAUUAGGCAUACAGGCAGAAGGUCAGUUCGAGAAGCUUAUUUAAUCAGUCACAAAUGAGGUUGCAAGAUCAAAUGUAAUAAAUCAUAUGUACUGCUUUUAGAACUUUAUGGACAAAUGGUCUCUAGCCAUUUGGAAAUGGAGCCUGAAUUUUCUUUUAUUUUUUAAGAGCCAGUGGUAAAGCCCAUAGUUAGGCUGGACCCUGUCUUGUACGAAACACAUCUAGCUAUGUAGUGCAACUCAGAUUUGGAUAACAAAGUCUUUUAAAAAGAAAUUAAAUAUCCUGACUGAUGGGGUAUUAAAUGAGGCUUACAACCCUUUUUGCUAAAGGCUAAAAAGUAAUAGUCUAGGAGUGCAGAUGUAAUGAUUGAAUAUAUUUUGGUAGCAUUCACACAUACUGUUGCCUGAUCCUGAGCACAGUCUAGCUGUAUUCCCACUUAAAGUGGUCUCAGCCUAGUUGUAGAACGUUAUUUUGCAUGACAUGAUUAAUGAACCAUAACUACAGCUAAAAGCAAGGACUUAAAGUUGAAAAGAUCUAGUGUGCUGCAUGGAUGAGACCACUGUAUACUUAAAGCAAUGGAAAGAGCACUACAUUGGCUGAACCAAUGUAAUUAUGAAAAUUAUUGUAUAGUUAGUGAAGACUUAGAAUGUAAUAUUAUAAAUGAGAUCAAUCCCAAGUAGAAUCAUCUUGGAUUUGUUGAGCCAUAGCACUAGAUAUGGUCUUGGAUCUUUCUGCUAGUAGGAUAUUUUAUGCAACUUUUUUCUCUAGUGGUUUUUGCCCCUUACCACAAUUCAGCACCUCCUACUGCAGCAAGGAACUAUAGUAAGCUAGAGUGAGACUCUUCAAAGGCAAUUAGGCAUCCAACAACUCCCACUGCCUUUCAUGACUGUCAUUGUGUGUCUCUGAAAAUCUCCGUCCUGCCUCCAGACUUUUUCUUUUAACUUUCGAAUAUUUCCUUCUUGGUCAAAAAUCUAAGGUUGAUCUUUUGCAUUUCAUGAAGAGGGAACUAUAUGUGCUGUGAUAAUUCAGGUGACCUAAGGUGACCUGCGUUUUGAGUUGCUAAGCUGUGUAAGUAUUUCUGAAAGGUUUGUAUGAAGACAAGACUUUAAUGCCCACCUUAAACAUGUCAUGUGAAUAAAUGUUGUAACUGGAUCAUUGGAUCUAUGAAGUGCUUCUGUACAAAAUUUUAUUUUGAUAAUAAAAGCUUUGUCAAGA